AUGUCUCUCAAAUACGCAACUGUACCCGCUGCCGCUCGUGCUGCACCAAAGCCUUUCGCCAUCUCUGUCCCAGACGAGCAACUCGAAGAGCUUCAAACGCUGCUGAAACUAUCCAAACUCGCCCCGCCAACCUAUGAAGGAUCCCAGGAUGAUGGCAGACUUGGGGUGUCAACGAAGUGGCUGACAGCGGCUAGAGACGAGUGGAAGAAGCUCGACUGGAGAGCUACCGAGAGAGAAAUCAAUGAAUUCCCUCAAUUCACCUACGAAAUCGAGGGCUUAACAAUCCACUUCGUUGCCUUGUUCUCCGAGAAGCAAGAUGCAAAGCCAAUCGUCUUCCUUCACGGAUGGCCCGGAAGCUUCCUGGAGUUCCUACCGAUGCUGUCGCUAUUUCGCGAAAAGUACAACCCCAGAAACUUGCCCUACCAUCUGGUGGUACCCUCGCUACCGGGUUAUACAUUCUCCUCAGGACCACCGGUCGACCGAGACUUCUUCUCGACAGAUGCCGCGCGAAUCGUGAAUCAAUUAAUGCUCAAUCUCGGAUUCGGAACUGGCUAUGUCGUCCAAGGCGGCGAUGUGGGAUCCAAGAUUGGCCGUGUGAUUGGAGCAAAAUAUGAGUCUUGCAAAGCCGUUCACCUGAAUUUCUUGGGCCGCGUGAACCCACCGCAAGGGGAUGUGAAGUACUCCGCGGUAGAACAGGAGGGCCUAAAACGGGCUGAGUGGUUUUUUACCUACGGCACUGCCUAUUAUCUCAGUCAUGCCACUCACCCAAGCACAGUUAGUCAUAUAUUGUCUACAAGUCCGGUGGCCCUUCUUGCAUGGAUUGGCGAGAAAUUCCUUGAUUGGCCGGACAAAAGACAUCCAAUCCCCCUUCAAACGAUUUUGAAGGAGGUUACGCUUUACUGGUUGACGGAGACUUUCCCAAGGUCUAUCUAUACCUACCGAGAGAGCUACCCAACACCUCCUGUGCCUUACGUACAGAGCCCUGAACUACACAUCCAUAAACCACUCGGUUUCUCCUAUUAUCCGCAGGAGAUCAUGCCCGCCCCGAAGUCGUGGGUCGAAUCUACCGGUAACUUGGUUUUUUGGAAAGAGCAUACAAAGGGAGGCCAUUUUGCAGCACUUGAAUGUCCGGAAACCAUGGCAGAAGAUAUUGUGGAAUUUGUAGAGCAAGUUUGGCCGUAG